CAAGGCCGUUGACAUGCACCUCUUACGACCCCUUCGGCACUCGGUAACGAUCGCCAGACCGUCGAUUGCACGAUUUGCCAGACGUCCCGUGGUUCUUCGGAGGCUCAAUGUCGUUCGUGGGCUUUUGACCCAAGCAAGGGAUCGUGGGCCUAGUAAUCCUCCACUUAUCACACAAACCAUACCAGAAUACUUUAGAGACGUGGUUAGCGAGCAUGGUGACAGACCUGCAGUGAUAGCUCGUCAUCAGAACACAACAUUGACCUAUGAAGACCUGGAUAUUCAGGCUGAUGCUCUUGCACGAGGGCUCGAGAGACAGGGAGUCCAGAAAGGCGACCGAGUUGCUGUUAUGCUAGGCAACAGCGUCGAAUAUUGUGUCGUGCCUCUGAAUCCUGCCUUCAAUGCUUUGCAGAUCACCUCAGCACUCACUCACCUUGCCGCAUCACACCUCAUCAUAUCCUCGGAGAUCAAUCUGCCUUACAAAUCGCCAAAGUCGGUCAUACCAUUGCUCGCUCAUCUAAUCCUAGACAUGAACAAGUCGAAAAUGGAGUCCGAAGCCGUACCCAGCUUAAAACGGGUUAUCGUGGUUGACAACUCGACCGGCCGAGUAGAAACCGGAGCUUUUGGGGCACUGAGCAGCUAUGUGGAUGUACUUCGAGAUGGGGAGGGUGAGAGGUUGGUGCCGAAAGAGUUGGAUGCGAAUGAGGUUGUCAAUAUCCAGUUCACGUCUGGCACAACGAGUAUGCCUAAAGCGGCAUGCUUGACGCAUCGGUCCGUACUCAACAAUGGCAAGAGUAUUGGUGAUAGAAUGUUGUUGACGCAUAAGGACAUUGUCUGUUGUCCACCCCCUUUGUUUCAUACGCAUGGGUCCGCUAUUGUGUUCCCGUCUGAAUCGUUUCAAGCAGAGGCUACCUUACGUGCGGUCCAAGAAAAUGCAUGCACGGCACUCUACGGCGUGCCCACCAUGUUCAUUAGUGAGCUGGAGUUACUGGCCUCAGGAGUAGUGCCAUACGAAGGCUUCUCCCAGCUGCGUACAGGUAUUGCAGCAGGCAGUAGCAUUCCUGCUGCGUUGAUGAGCAAGCUCCAUGAUGUGCUCGGACUAAAACAGUUGACGAUUUGUUAUGGCAUGACAGAGACCAGUCCAGUCAGUGCAAUGACAACGACCGAUGACCCGAUGUGGGCUCGACUCGAGACAGUGGGACGACUCCUUCCACACGUAGAAGCCAAAGUCGUAGAUGCGAAUGGAAAGAUCGUACCGCCAAACGAAGGGCUACUGGGGGACGAAGCUCGUACUCAGGAGGCAAUACGAUCAGAAGAAGGUACGCUGUGGAUGUAUACUGGCGAUGAGGCGAGUAUGGACGAAAACGGCUAUGUACGGAUCACAGGUCGACUCAAGGACCUCAUAAUUCGCGGUGGGGAGAACAUCCAUCCUCUGGAGAUUGAGAACGCUAUCCUCAAACUCCCAUCCGUGACGGAUGUUUCGGUCGUAGGACUGCCAGAUCCAAAGUAUGGUGAAGUGGUUGCAGCCUUCAUCAUGCCAAAGAAUGCACAUGCGAACGAGGAAGAGAAAACCCAGAUGGCGAGAGAUAUCAAGAAGUGGGUCAAGGAGACGUUAAGUUCGCACUUGGUGCCGAAGUACAUCUUUUGGUCCGAGGGGUGGCCGAAGACAGCGAGUGGAAAGAUCCAGAAGUUCAAGCUAAGAGAAACAGGUAUUGAGCUUGCUGAGGGCGGGCAUGGCGUGUAUACG